AUGACUACCAUUUGUAAUGAUAAUAAAAUUUCUAUAAAAAAGAAUAAUAAAUUAUUUUUUUUCUAUCAUCCUGUCAUUGAAACAUCUAAUGGCAAAUUAUAUCAAUUAAUAUGUUAUGUUUAUGCCAUAAAUAAACCAAAAAUUAUUUGGAAAACAAUAGAUACUUUUAUUAUUAAUGAUUUAAGAUACAAAAUAAUUUUAAAUGACUUAGGUAAUAAUCAUUAUAUUUGUACACUUGAAAUAAUCAAAGUACCAGAUGAAAAAAAUAAAGAAAUACAUUGUGUUAUUAAGAAUGAUGAUGGAACAAUUUAUUCAACUUUCAAUCUUCAUUUUUUAGGACACUAUAAACCAAUUAACAUACUUCAUGGUGAUUUAUGUAUUCAUAAUAAUUUUAAAAAAAUAUCAUUUGAACAUUAUUUUACAACAUCUGAAUUAACAACAAUUAGCUUUUUUGGAUUUCAAAUGAAUAAACAACAAGAUAAAAUAACUUCUUUUAAACAUUUAUUUAAAAAUAUACAUUCUAAUUGUUGGUUAAGUUGUAUAACACUUCAAUUUAUAGAUUUACCAAAAGAAAAUAUGUUAUUUUACAGUAUCAUUAAAAAUAUGGAUGAUAAAAUUAUUAGGGCAAAAUGUUUUAUUGUUAUACCAAAAGAUAAUAUACCAAUACUUUUAAAAAGUUUUCAAUUUUUAUCACCAAGAAGUGAUAUUUUUGAAAUAAAUUUACAUGUAAAAUAUCUAUCUAAAUCAUAUCCUUCUGUAAGAUGGUUUGGAAAAAGAGGUCAAUUAAUUGUAGCUGGGGAUAUGAUAACAAUUUUAAAUCAUAAAUGUGCUCAAAUAAAUGAGUAUGAAACAAUUUUAAAGAUAAGAUCAUCUUUUGGUAGUGAAAAUAAUAUUUAUUACUGUUUGGUACAAAAUUUGUCUGGAUAUUUUAAUGUUUCAUUUACAUGCAAUUACUAA